AAACAGCACCGGCUGCUACUGCUGCUGCGGUGGCGGCGGCUCUGUAUACUCUUCUGCACUCUUACUAGCAACAACAUGAGUGCUGCUGGGGCAGCUUCGUUGGUUUCUCCUGCCGCUGCGACUGCAGAGCCUUCCCUCUGCUCUGGCUGGCUUUUGGUGGAUUAACAGCUGCUGCUAGCCCUCGAUCAAGGGUGUGUGUGUUUUUUUCUCUGCCCCCCCCCAUCUGCGCGCCUGUGGGAAAAUUAAAAGGACCAAACCAACAAGCAGAGGAGGGACUUUGGUGGUCAGGAGUGGGGCGGCCAGGAAGAGUCUUCAAGCACUCCGUGGGAGGACACUCCCCUCCUCCAGGACAACCACCAGCUGGCCAGCCAGAUUGUCAUAUAGGCUGAUCCUGGCCAAGAAAACAGGGUCCUGAUGGGUGACUCAGGAUCGAGGCGUUCAAACAUCGUGUCCCGGUUGCCAAUAUUCCGGAGAAGUAUUAGCCGAAGGCAUGAUUCCCUUCCGUCAUCUCCAACUUCCAGCAAUACUGUUGGUGUCCACAGCUCUUCUCCCUCCAGCACCAACUCUAGCUCGGGUAGCACUGGCAAGCGCAGGAGCCUUUUCCGCACGCCUUCCAUUAGCUUCCACCACAAGAAGGGGAGCGAACCGAAAGCCGAGUCCUCAAGCCAAAACGUGGGCAUUUUGAAUGGUGCUCAGUCUGGUCACAACACUUUGCAAAAGCUCAAUUUGGAGGAACAUGUGAAACACAGAGGGAGACAUUCGGUCGGCUUCGGGAGUUCUCGAAGCAAGAAAAUCACCAGGUCCUUGACAGAGGACUUUGAAAAGGGAAGGGAACCUUCGACCAAUAAGAAUGUCUUCAUAAAUUGCAUAAGAUCUGGGAAAAAUGAAGGGGAUGAUUCUGGCUUUGCAGAGGAACAAAGCAGGUCCUCUGUUAAACAUUCCUCAAGGAAGCUUCUUCCGAAAUCCUUCUCAACACACUACAGGUUUUCAAAGCCAGUCUCUCAAAGCCAGUCCGUUUCUUGCGUGCAACCAUCUUCUUGCUUGUUGGACAUUAAACCCAAUGUUGAAAGUGAGCCUGUGUCGACGAGGACUUCUCCUUCAUGUUCUGCCGAGGUAAUAGAAUGUGUAGGCAGCUCUUUGCAGUCACCAUUGCUUUCUGCUGACCUGACCAUGGUCCAGACACCUUCCGAGUUUCUAGCACUGACUGAGGAUUCAGUCUCAGAGGUUGACGGCUUGCCCAACUGUGGACAAUUGCACGGGGAAGCCUUUGCCCACAAUGUUUCUACCUCUCAAAUCUUCCUCACUCCCAUUGCUGCUGUUCCUCCUCCUCCUGUUCUUUUAAGGAAAAUGGAUCAUGUGGAAAGUGUUUCCCGUUGUGCUAUGGUCUCACCCAGAAGUCAUAGGGCUAGAAAUGUACUGCUCAAUGAAACUAGUGCCAUAUCCGAUACCCUUGAUUUUAAUCGAAACCAUGCAGAAGUAUUAUCGCAAGAACUUCCUGCUAAACAGACCAAUCAUCUAGAAGAAAACUCAGGAGCUGAAGCACAAUUAAAACCCUUUGUCUUAAACCAGGGAGAAAAAACAGAAGAUUCUCCAAAAGCACAGGGAUUACCUAGAGACCAACAAGAAGUUAGAGCAGCUGAAUGUGUUAGAGAAACAAUCCCAAUAAUUGAGUCGAAGGUUAUUCCUUUGUCUUCUGAAUCGCAGGCUUUUCAAACGCAGCAGGGAUAUGAAAUAAACCAUGCAAAAGUGAAUCUUGCCAGUAGUUUUAGCCCAUAUCGAGAAGGAAGAUUUGUGGAAAAGCGCCUGAGAUCCUCCUCAGAAGGCACUGCUGGGAGUAGCCGGAUGAUCUUAAAACCAAAGGAUGGAAACCCAGAAGAAAUGAACAGUUUGCGAAAGCAAAGAACGUAUUCCUCCUCAUCUAAAAUGAACAGCAUGGAUGUUUUGAACAACUUGGGCUCCUGUGACCUAGAUGAAGAUGAUCUCAUGCUUGACUUGGAAUUCCUGGAAGAGCAGCAUCACAAGCAUUCUGUUUGCCGGGAAGAUUCACACCAGUCUGUAGUCUCUUGUGCAGCUGUGGUGCUUACUCCCAUUGAACCAGCUGUUGAAGGGAAGAAAAAGGAACAACCCAAAAUGCCUGAAGUGACCAAACAGAAUCUGUCUCUCAAGUUAUCAAAGGAGGUGGAUCGAGGAGAAGUGAGGUGCCCUCGCCCUAGCCAGCUAGCCAGCAACCCAUCUGUGGAGUGGCCUUUUACAGCCAUGGAAGAAGGUGGAGGGAUGGAAUCUUUGCCCUUCCGAUUGAUGAUGCAAGACUGUACAGCUGUUAAAGCAUUACUUCUGAAAGUGAAGAGGGUUCUUCAAGAGAGUGCAGAUAUGAGUCCUGCAAGCAGUACCAAUUCACUUCCUGUCAGCCCACUUACUGAAGAACCGUUGUUAUUCAAGGAUGUAAUGAAAGAUGAAUGCUCAGCGCUGACACUGCAACUGAAGGAGAGAGAUGAACUCAUUUCCCAACUUCGUGAAGAGCUGGAAAAAGCCCAAUAUUUACAGAGGACCCUUGUCUCUCAAGUAGAUAAAUCCACACAGACUGAACUUGUAGGCUAUGAUGCCCUGUGGAAUUCUUCAUGUACUGAAGGUUCAGUUUACAAACCAAUCAGCAUCUCAUUGGUACCAACAUUAUUUAAUUAAAUAAAAAAUAUACUUGGACACACACCCCAUACACAGGAUAGCUUCACUUGGUUGCCUAUAUAAAGAGGAAUCUGCAUUUGCCUCAGGUGUUUGCCAAAUUUAACAAUAUUUCUAACGCUGGGAGAAAAUGCCUUAUUUGUUAUAGAAACAACAACAACAAAAAGUAUUCUUCACUCUUCUCAGAUGCAUAUAGCAAAUAUUUGAUUAAGUUAUUACCAGUAAAUUAUU